AUUCUCACUGUCAUAAGGGAAUUCCCCUAUUUUUUAAAUUGUAUACUGUAGAUACCGGUACUUCAAAUUAAAUUUGCAGCUGCUCCCCUUAUACUUUUAGUCAAGUACAUACUCUGGCUGCUGACUAUCCCAUGAAUGGCUGAGCAGGAGCUCAGGACAGCACUCAAGGAUGUCCUGGAGAAGAGGGGUGUCCUCAGUGAAGUCCAAGCAAGGAUCAGAGCUGAAGUCUACAAAGCACUGCAAGAUGAUAGUGUGUCAAAGCCUGAGCUGUGUGAGGAGAACCUGCUCAUAAACGAGUUGAUACGAGAGUACCUUCAGUUUAACCAGUACAAGUACACUGACUCCGUCCUAGUGGCUGAAACUGGACAGCACAAGGAGCCUCUGGAGAGAGGGUUCUUAGCAAAACAGCUACACAUUCCACUAACUGAUCACCCUGGCCCUAACAACAUACCCCUUCUCUACCAUAUGCUGGGUCAUUUCCUACGCAAGCCAACUCUUCCUGAUCCCUUGUCUGAACAACUAGACGUCCAACAAAAACCGACUAUGAUAUCACUUAAAGCAAGAUCUCUAGAAAGUCAAUGUGUCAUAGAACAACCUUUAUUUACUGACUCUUAACUCUGAUAAUUAUCUCCAAUGUUAUCCGCGGCUUGUAAUAAAGGCUACACCUAGUA